CAAAGAUACCCAUUAACGAACAAAACGUAUUGUGGAAUUAAGCAAACGUUGCACGGGUAUGAGUUGGUAUCUGCUGAUUUUACUUGGGAUUCGUCCCAUCCUGUCUGUGAAUGAAGUGGAUCUGAAGAGGAAUCUAUUGGACCCUUCUGUGUUUGAUAAAACGGUCCGACCGCGCAUCAAUACCUCCCACACCGUGAACGUACAGAUUGGUGUUACCAGUGUGUUUGUCACCGAUUUAGAUGAAAAAGGAAGUUCCUUUUCACAAGCCUGUAAUUUACAUUUGAGCUGGACGGACGAAUUCUUAACAUGGAACACCAGUGAUUAUGAUGGUGUACAGAGUUUUGUUAUCGAUCCUUCGUUUGUAUGGACCCCUGAUCUUACAGUCUUUGGGAGAGUUGCAACUACUCAAGAAGUGGGACUUAGUCGAGUACGAGUUCGUUCCAACGGGUUGGUCAGUGCGAUCUUUAAUGGCUUGCUGACCACCCACUGCAACACGGACCCCACCAACUUCCCGUACGAUUAUCAGCUUUGUAAGUUCAGAUUGGCAUCCCAAGUUUACUCCCCCUCCGAGGUAGCCAUGGAAAUCACUUCCACAAAAUUGUUUGGAAGUUCCGAGAGCAAUCCUAAUUGGAAUAGGGUAUACAUCAGAUUUAAUCACAAGCAGGAGGUCCACUUUUGCCUUCAGAGGAAGUCUUUGUAUCUCAGCACUCUGUAUAUAGCGCCCACCACCAUGCAGGCUGUUCUGGUUCUCGUUUCGUUCUUGGUUCCUAACGAGGCUGGAGAGAAAAUUUCCUUCGGAAUGUCUCUGUUUCUAUCCUUUAUGGUUUUUCUUUUACAGUUAUACGAUAAUUUACCCCAAGUAUCGACUGUUAUUCCAGCAUUAGAAAUCUACUUCAUGCUCCAUAUGGUGAGUGGGGUCAUCUCCAUCAUUGUCUCCUCCUCCACUGCUUACGUCAUGCGGAACACCAACCAGUCACCUCAGUCUACCGAGACCAAGGUCAAAGACGAAUCUAUGGUCCCUGAACACAACAAAGACAACCCCAACCGUGAAGCGAAGAAGGGUGUGCGUCGGUGUCUGAGAUCCAUGACAUUCAUCAACAGACUGGGAUUUGUUAUUUCACUGAUACUGAUUCUGGCAGCAAACAUCGUCAUUCUGAACGCAAGAAUGAUUUCUAGAAAUUGUGAAGAGUCCCCCUAGAAACCAUACCUUUGUGUUCCCUUAUACUUCAAUUUUGAUUAAUGUACUCGACUUAUUACUUGCAAAACUCGCGACCAUCAUUAUUUCUUCUUCAGAUAAGAAAAUUCGAAGAGUUUCAGAUAAAGUUAUACUUUCUUUUAAACUUCAUAUUUUGAGUAUAUUUUGUAAUCUAGAUAUACAAUGUAUAUAAGUAUUUUAAGUAUAUUUUGUAAUUUAGAUAGAAGUAUUUUAAGUAUAUUUUGCAAUUUAGAUAUAUAAAUGAUGAAAAUAAAA